AUGAGUGUGGAGGGGGACGACAAGCGAACUCGCACUCGGUCAAAGGGAAUCAGAGCUGCCCCACCCCUGGAUGCGAUGGCCUCGGCCAUAUCAGUGGGAGAUACUCGCGGCACAGAAGCAUCCUGGCUUGCCCCGUAGCGAGGAAGCGCCGGCUGGAGGAAGCCGAGCAGGAACAGGAAAUGGAUAGGCCCGCCUCCAAGAGGAAGUCCCACCCCCUGAAGCUCACUCUGGACGAAGGCUUCAGCGCCGAGAGCGACGCCAGCAGCGAGGCCGAGGGCGAGGCCGAGAAGGACGGAGGGAAGGAGGAGGAGGACAAGGAGGCAGGAGAGGCAGAAGAAGAGGAUGCAGGCGCAGAGGAGGAGGAGGAGGUGAUGACAGAGCGCCUCCUGCAGGACGAACUGAUGAAUGGACGACAGGAGGAGACGCCACAGGAAGAGGAGGGGACGCAACAGGAAGAGGAGGAGACAAAACUGGCAGAGGAGGAGGAGGAGGAGGAGGAGGAAGAGGAGUGUGUGAUCAAGUCUGAGCUCGGACCCACGGAGAGUCGACUUCCCUCUCAGAGCGCCGAAGACGUGGCCGACUCCCUCCUCCACCUGGGUCGGGUCUCCGGCGGCGGCGCUGAGAGCGCGGACGCUCGGCAGCCUGUUGCCAUGGAGACUGAAUACGUCGGCGUGGCAGCGGAGCGAGGUGAGGAGGUAAAGGACGAGCAGGGGGGGCACGUGAACAAGGAGGAGGAGGAGGAGCAGGAGGAGGAGGAGGAGGCAGAAAGAGUUCAAGUACAGGAGGAGUCGCCUGCUCGGCUGAAAGAGGAAGAGGAGGAGGAAGAGGAGGAGGAGCUUGACAUGAGUGACCAGGUGGAGCAGAUCAAAGGUGAGGAGGAGGAGGAGGAAAUGGUCGUAUCGCUGCAGCAGACGCAGGAAACUCCAGCAGGAGACGAGGAAGAGGAGGAGGAGGAUGAAGAGGAGCACAGGAGGCGUUUCCUCUCCGUAUCCGAUGUGCCGACCGCCGUCCGGACCAUCACCAGCACAGCCGCCGCUCAGGGAACUCACCUGGAGAGCUACAUCAGAACCGGUCCACUGGACAAACCGGGCCCGGUUCAGAACUACAAGAGCAGCUCCCUGUUGAUUUACAGGACCGGUCCACUGGAGGACUACAUCCCCGUCCCCAGAGGAGACGACUACAACAUCCACAAGGCCUCGUCCUCGGCCUCCCYGGACGUCAUCGAGGUGCAGUCGGACAAGUCGGAGGAGAAGGACUUGGACGACCUGGACGGAGACGACGAGCGCGACGACGAGGACAGCCUGUCGCUGCGCUCCGGCGUCACCGACGAGUCGGAGAUGUUCGACAUGACCCGAGGGAACCUGGGCCUGCUGGAGCAAGCCAUCGCCCUGAAGGCCGAGCAGGUGAAGCUGGCCGGACCCAGAGAGCUGCUCCGCGCCCCGGACAUCCACCACCAGAGGUACUUCACCAUCGAGGACCGCCCCAAACACCUGGACGUCCUCCGGAAAACCUACUUCAGCAAAGAGAGGUCAGAAAAGAGAGAGAACAAGUGUCCCACACCGGGCUGCGACGGGACGGGUCACGUGACUGGUCUUUACCCCCACCACCGAAGCCUGUCGGGUUGUCCUCAUAAAGACAGGAUCCCCCCAGAGGUUCUGGCCAUGCAUGAAAACGUUCUGAAGUGUCCGACUCCCGGCUGCACGGGUCAGGGCCACGUGAACAGCAACCGCAACACCCACCGCAGUCUGUCCGGCUGCCCGAUCGCUGCUGCAGAGAAGUUGUCCAAGAGCCAGGAUAAGCAGCAUCUUCCUCAGGCCGGCGGCGAGCUGCUGAAAGGAAGUCCCAACGACAGAGUGCUGAGGCCCAUGUGCUUCGUGAAGCAGCUGGAGGUGCCUCAGUACGGCAGCUACAGGCCCAACAUGGCCCCGUCGACGCCUCGUGCCAACCUGGCCAAGGAGCUGGAGAAGUACUCCAAGGUCUCCUUCGAUUAUGCAAGCUUCGACGCCCAAGUGUUCGGGAAGCGCACGCUUGCUCCAAAGAUGACCACCAGCGAAACUUCACCCAAAGCCUUCAAAACUAAGCCCUCGUUCCCCAAGUCAUCGUCACCCAGCCUCAGCCUGCACGCUUACGGAAAGACGUCCGCCUUAGCCUACGACUACUCCCACGAUGCCGAAGCUGCUCACAUGGCCGCCACCGCCAUCCUUAACUUGUCCACGCGCUGCUGGGAGAAACCAGAAAACCUUAGCACCAAAGCGCAAAACAAGGAAAUGGACAUUGAGGUGGACGAGAACGGAACCCUGGACCUAAGCAUGAAGAAGCCCAUCAAACGAGAGGGUAGCCUGUCGGGCACCAGCCCCGAGGUUCGGUCCCCGGACCCUUCAUCUUCCUCGUCCUCCUCCUCCUCCCUCCAUCACAGCGGAAACAGCGGAAUGACAUCGCCGAACCUGCACACAUACAAGCAGGAGGACUGGGACGGACCUCUGGAUUUCACCAAACCCAACCGCCAAAGGGAAGAGGAAACAGACGAGCUGGAUCACACAGCCCAGUCAUACGUCUCAUCGGACCCAGAAGACUGUGACAUGAUGCAGGACUGUCUGGAGGACAGGAAGUACCCCGGAGAGGUGACCACCCCCACCUUCAAAGUCAAGUUUCAGCCCAAGGAUAGCAAAAAAGAGCUGCUCUCGUGUCCCACACCUGGUUGUGAUGGCAGCGGACACAUCACGGGGAAUUAUGCGUCCCACCGCAGUCUGUCUGGGUGUCCUCUCGCUGAUAAGAGCCUUCGGUCCCUCAUGGCGGCCCACACCCCUGAACUCAAAUGUCCCACUCCUGGAUGCGACGGCUCGGGUCACAUCACUGGAAACUACUCGUCUCACCGGAGUCUCUCUGGGUGCCCGCGUGCCAAGAAAAGUGGAAUUAAAACUCCUACCAAGGACAACCAGGAGGACUCGGAGCUUUUAAACAGAUGCCCCGUGCCGGGCUGCGACAGCCUGGGCCACAUCAGCGGGAAGUACGCCACGCAUCGCAGCGCCUACGGGUGUCCGCUGGCGGCGCGCAGGCAGAAGGAGGGGCUCCUGAACGGGACGCCCUUCAACUGGAAGGCCUUCAAGACGGAGGGGCCGACCUGCCCCACCCCCGGGUGCGAUGGGUCCGGACAUGCCAACGGGAGUUUCCUCACGCACCGCAGCCUCUCAGGAUGCCCCAGAGCCUUGUACGCCAAGAAGAAGGCCAAGUUUCCCUCAGAGGACUACCUGAGCACCAAGUUUAGAGCCACCGAUGUUUUGGACAAUGAUGAGGACAUUAAGCAGCUCAACAAAGAGAUCAACGACCUGAACGAAUCCAACAACGAAAUGGAGGCGGAUAUGGUCAACCUGCAGACUCAGAUCUCCUCCAUGGAGAAGAACCUGAAGAGCAUUGAGCACGAGAACAAGAUGAUUGAGGAGCAGAAUGAGGCUCUCUUCAUGGAGCUGUCCGGUCUGAGUCGGGCCCUGAUCCGCAGCCUCGCAAACAUCCGCCUGCCGCACUUGCAGGAGCCGAUCACCGAGCAGAACUUCGACCGCUACGUGAGCACCCUGACCGACAUGUACACCAACAAGGACUGCUUCCAGAGCCCGGAGAACAAGGCCCUGCUGGAGAGCAUCAACAAGGCCGUGAAGGGCAUCAAGGUGUGACACUCGGCUCGGUGAGGAACCUGAAGCUGGAGAAAACUUGAUGGAGGAGAUGUUGAAGUCCUCAACAACAUCAUUUAAAAACAAAAAACAAACAAAAAAAAUACAAAAAGGGAAUUCAGGUUACUUAAAUAAACGGCAACUUUAAAACUAAACCAACCCAGGGAACGCUCUGAAGAAAAGUGACCAAAAUCCACACCGUGCUGCUGCUGGGACUCAUCGGACGGAAGAGAAGGAGAAAAAGGUUUCCACAAACUUUACCUGGAAGUUUUAAAGUUUUACCCAUUCUUUUUUUAAUCUCCUCUGCUUCCGGAGCGCAGCGUGACCACAUUUUUAUUUAUUUAAAAAUUUUAUUAUUUUUUUUGAUGAGGUGUGGAUUUCAAAGCUGCACGAGAGGACUCUCACGGCGGUUUGUAGCACUCGCCACGGUGCUCACGUGCGUUCACCAGCUCCGAAAAAAAAAAGUUUGCCGCCGCCGCCACAAACGCUCGCAACCUAGCAAUAUGAAGCAACCGCCGCCUGAACGUUUGUGGUUUCACUGCAGCGAAAACGGAGUCGGAAGCAGAAAAUAUUCAGAUCUCAGAACAACUUAAUUUUUUUUAACCUUUUUUUUUUUACCUGAAACGUUUCCACUUCGGUCAUAUCAGUAAUAUUUAUCUAACGUAGGAAUUGCACUUCAUUUCAAUACUUUUUUAUUUUAUUAAUUUUAUUUUUUGUGGUACAAUUAUUGUUAUAAAUGAAUUAUUUAAACUUGUGAACUUUUAAAUUGUAACUUAUUGCCAUUUAUGUUAUUGAGGUUUAUUUAUUUGAAGCAAUCUAUUUAUUAUUAAUAUUAUUAUUUGUUUUGUAAGACAAAAAAAAAGAAAAUGCAUCUUUACUGAAAACUAACGAAACUUGCAUUAUUUUAAGAAUCUAUGAUGACGAAAAGGAAAGGUUUUUUUUAUAACAGAUCGAACACUUUUUGAUAAUUUUACAAGUAAAAAAUGUUGAGUUUUUAUUUUUAUUUGUUUGGUUUUUUUUGUUACGGGAAUUCACUGCUGAGAUGACGUAAAAAAUUUAUUUAUUAUUUAUUUAAUAUGAAAGAAACCGGCUGUAUAUUUAUUUUAUUUAUGUGCGUGAUGUGACGGUUCAGUCCGAGUAGAGUUAAUUAAACAAAAAAAAAAAA